GAUUAGUAGCAACUCAGUCACCACUAGUCACCAUACGCAGCCAUGCAGUGGCAGACGUGUGUGUUACUGUUGUGUGUGACGGCCAUAUUGGCGGACGACGAAUGGCGGGAAGUGAAAACUGCGCAAGGCCCUGUGCGCGGGCGCAAGCACCCUACGGAGGAUAUAUACACAUUUUUCAAUAUACCUUACGCAACAGCACCUGUCGGCGUCGAUAGGUUCAAGGCACCCCUUCCCCCGCCAGUGUGGUUGCAGCCAUACGAUGCCGUCGAGAAACCAGUGGUUUGUCCUCAACCAGUAUUCCCAUUUCCUGAUCUUCAACUGAAUAAAUUAGUGAAACAAGAAAACUGUCUGAUUGCUAAUGUAUUUGUACCAAACACAAAUAAGAAGAACCUUUCCGUGGUAGUGUAUGUUCACGGAGGAGCUUUCAUUAUGGGAUGGGGAGACAUGUUUAGAGCAACACAGUUGAUGAACAAAAAAGAUAUUAUUGUUGUAACGUUUAACUAUCGACUGGGUGUUCACGGCUUCCUUUGUCUUGGUACUGAAGACGCACCAGGCAAUGCUGGAAUGAAGGAUCAAGUAGCAUUGUUGCGUUGGGUGCAGAAAAAUAUUGGGAGCUUUAAUGGAAACCCAGAUGACGUCACGAUCAUAGGUUAUAGUGCAGGAUCCGCAUCGGUGGACCUGCUAAUGCUAUCUAAAUCAGCUGAAGGAUUGUUCCACAGAGUUGUACCAGAAAGUGGUGGUAACCUUGCUGCAUUUGCAAUUCAAAGAGAUCCUGUAGAGAUUGCCAAAACAUUCGCUAGACAACUUAACUUUACUAACGUAGAUGAUAUUUAUGCUCUUGGCGAGUUCUACAAGACGACUCCUUUAGAAAUAUUGACAUCAGAUCCAUUUUUUGAUAGGACUGAUUCUACUUUCUUGUUCUCUCCGUGUGUGGAGCGCAAUAUGGGACAAGAGACGUUCCUGACAGAAUCUCCACUAACUAUUUUAAAGAACGGCAAGUACAAGAAGUUACCAGUAUUGUAUGGUUUCGCUGAGAUGGAAGGACUGCUACGUGUGGACUACUUUUCAAUUUGGAAGCAGAAGAUGAAUGAUAAAUUUUCUGAUUUCCUGCCCGCUGAUUUAAAAUUCAAAUCUGAAGAAGAAAGAGAAGAAGUAGCUCAUAAAGUUAAGAGAUUUUAUUUUGGAGAUGAACCCGUCAGUGAAGACAGUAUUUUACAAUACGUAAAUUUCUUUUCGGACGUUCUUUUUAUGCACCCAAUGCUCUGGGCAACAAAAUUGCACGUAGAAGCAGGCAACAAUCAAAUUUAUUUGUAUGAAUACUCAUUUGUUGACGAAGAUGUUCCUGAGGUACCACACACUAACAUAAGAGGUGCUACCCACUGUGCUCAGUCACUCGCCGUACUGGAUGGUAAAAAUUUGACCCAUAAAAGUCAUACAGAUGAGUCAUUAGCAACUCCCAAAUAUCAGAAAAUGAAGAAGACAAUGCGAGACAUUUGGUACAACUUUAUUAAAACUGGAAAACCUGUUCCUGAAGUCUCAUCGCUGCCUGCAUGGCCACUUGCUGGUGCCGACAGAUCACCACACAUGUCGUUGGGUCAGAAGAUAGAACUGCGUGGUGUACUGCUAGAAGAACGUACACUCUUCUGGGAUGACAUAUACCAGAGAUACUACCGGGAGCCUAUACCACCACCAACACCGCCACCGAAAUCACGCGCAGAAUUAUAAUACUUGUGAAUAAAAUAAAAAUAAAAUUCCAGGUAGCAAGUUAAUAAGAAAAUAAAGGUUAACUAAGUACAAACAUAAUGGUUUCCUUUU